AUGGCACCAUGGCCGUGUCCCGCAAGAGCUGGCUGGCCAACGAGGGGAGCAAGCACGUCCUCCUGCUGUUCUGGCUGUCUCUCAACGUGGGGCUGUUUUGGAAAACUUUCCGGCUGUAUUACCACGGGCCGCAGUAUUAUUACUUGCAUCAGAUGCUGGGGCUAGGAUUGUGCCUCAGCAGAGCUUCGGCAUCUGUCCUCAACCUCAACUGCAGUCUGGUCCUUUUGCCCAUGUGCCGGAUUCUCCUGGCUUUCCUCCGAGGAUCUCAGAAGGUGGCCAGCCGGAAAACGAGGAGGCUCUUGGAUAAAAGCAAAACUUUCCACGUAACCUGCGGCGUUACAAUCUGCCUCUUUUCAGUGGUCCAUGUCGCUGCACACCUGGUGAAUGCCUUGAACUUCUCUGUGAACUACAGUGAAGAGUUUCUCCCACUUAAUGCUGCCAGCUUCCAUGGCGAGGAUCCCAGGAAGCUCCUGUUUGCUACGGUAGCCGGAUUAAGUUGGGUACUUACCACCCUCUUUGUUUUUCUCUGCACUUUGUCCUUUGUUCUUUGCAGGGUUUCCAACUAUGACAUCUUCUCGUACACGCACAACCUCUUUUUCGUCUUCUAUUUGCUGCUGAUGUUGCACGUUUCAGGAGGGGUUCUAAAAUACCAAACUAAUCUAAAGGAACACCCUCCUGGAUGUUUUAACCCUAACAUAACAGUUCAGAGGGACGGGGAAGAAGUGGACAGUCUAGAAAAUUCACCCUCUGAACAUGACCAGCCUUCUGUCCCACGAGGUUCAGUGGAACUGGAUCCCACCACCCAAAACAGCUUCAUGGAAGUCUGUACAGAGGAACCAAAAUUCCAAGCACAUUUCCCUGAGACUUGGCUUUGGAUCUCCGGCCCAUUGUGUUUGUAUUGUGCGGAGAGGCUGUACCGCUACAUCCAGAGCAGUAAUAAACCUGUCACGAUAACGGCUGUGAUCAGCCACCCCUGUAACGUGCUUGAGAUACGGAUGAUGAAGGAAGGUUUCAGAGCAAGACCUGGACAGUACGUUAUUCUGCACUGUCCCAGUGUGUCGUCUUUGGAAAGCCAUCCAUUCACCCUCACCCUUUGCCCGACAGCGACCAGAGCGACUUUUGGCAUCCAUCUUAAAGUCGUUGGGGAUUGGACAGAGAGAUUUCGAGACAUGCUGUUUCUGCAUUCAAGUUGGGAUGCUGAGAUUUUGCCCGUCUUCCAACAGAGGCGUUAUCCCAAGCUGUACGUAGAUGGUCCCUUUGGGAGUCCCUUUGAAGAAUCUUUCAAUUACGAGGUUAGCCUCUGCGUGGCCGGAGGCAUUGGAGUCACUCCGUUUGCAUCGAUCCUCAGCACCCUGCUUGACGACUGGAAAUGCUACAAACUCCGGAGACUGUACUUCGUUUGGGUGUGCAGAGACAUCCGGUACUUCCACUGUUUUGCCGAUCUGCUCUGCAGCUUACAUAACAAGCUCUGGCAAGAAAACCGACCAGACUUUGUGAACAUUCAGCUGUACCUCACUCAGACUGAUGGGAUACAGGAAAUAAUUGGAGAGAAAUACCAAGUGCUGAACUCCCGUCUUUCUACCAGGCGACCUUGCUGGGAGCUCCUAUUUAACGAAAUCGCCAAGUGUAACCGACGGAAGACUGUCGGCGUUUUUUGCUGCGGACCAAACAAGAUCUCCAAAGCCCUUCACAAACUGAGCAACAGCAGCAAUUCUUAUGGGACGAGGUUCGAGUACAAUAAAGAAUCCUUCAGCUGAAAGCCUCCAGGACUGAGAAGGACUGCCCAGAAAGCUAAAGUGCAAUUUAAACAAGAGAAACAAAAAGACUUCAGAAUCUGCAGCAUAAGCCAGAUGCCACAUACGCCAAAGAAUAGCAAAGGUAUUUUUAAUUAUUAUUUGUUAUUUAUAACUAUUUAAAAACCUAGGAAGCAAAGGACACCAAAAAUACAUCCUUGGCGAUUAUGGCCAAAACCAAAACAUUCUUAGAAUCCGGCAGGUCAACUUUUACACCCUUUGAAUUAGCAGAAUAGAAUUAGAGAUUCAUAGUUGUUCAUGCGGCUCGGUUCAAGAUCAAUCCAUGCGGUAGCAGAAAUGUCUUCAUUGAAGACUGCAAAUUCCAGAAAGUGGGAUCGGUUGAACAAGCACUCGAGUGAUUGGACUGAGGGGGGAGGAAAACACAGAAUGCUUACAUUUGAAGUCAGAGUCUGCUCUACACUGGCAAAUAAAUAAAA